GUUCGUGGUUUGAGCUCCAGCCCUGCGCUGGGUGCUGAGGGGAGCGGAACGGCGGGCGCUGAACCGGGAGUGCUCCCGGCUCUGCUGGGUCUUUUCCCGAGUGGAUUCUCUGGGGGAGGCGAGAGGGCCGCGCUGAGGCGGGAGCGGAGGGAUCCGAGCAGGCGGGGCUCGUGCGCGUGCAGAGGCGCGGCGGCUGCGCGGGCUGAGGGGACCCGGCUGAGGGGACGCGGCCACCCCCGGCGACCCCCGGCCCUGCGCGGGAGCCGCCGCCGGCAGGUCAGUAGGGACGGCCGUGGGCCCUUCGCCUCUCCUCCCCCGCUGCGGGCAAGGAGUCGGCGGRCGGCUCUGGGUGCUGUGGCCCGCCCCUGAGGGGGGCUGGGGGAGCCGCCGGAGCUCACGAGGGGACAUCUUCUCCAGCCAAACUCAGGCUUUCUGUGUCUGGUGGCCAGGACUGCCAACUGAGGAGAGGUGCUGAUUUCUCUGGUGCUGCUGGACUKCUGGAUGCAGGCACUGACUAGGUAUGGAGAACUUGGUAGCUGGCUCCAAUCUUCCUCCACUUUUUACAGAAGAGGAUGGCUCUAAGGAAAGCAAUGAAAUUAAUGUAACUGGAUUAACUAAUUCGGAGAGUUCAUUCAGUGGUGCAACUUCACAGCCUGUGAAUAACCCAGAUUUGGUGGAGGACUUGUCACAGGCUCAGCAGCUGCAAAAUGAGUCUUCUAAUGCUGCUGAAACCACUGAGCAGAAGCCUGAGGAGGAGCAACAAAGAACCAAACGAGGAGGCUGGGCCAAAGGGAGAAAAAGGAAGAAACCCCUUAGGGACACGAAUGCCCCCAAAUCCCCCCUGACAGGGUAUGUGCGGUUCAUGAAUGAGCGGAGGGAGCAGCUGCGAGCCAAGAGGCCGGAAGUCCCUUUCCCAGAGAUCACCAGGAUGCUGGGCAAUGAGUGGAGUAAACUGCCUCCUGAGGAGAAACGGCGAUACCUUGAUGAAGCAGAUAGAGAUAAGGAACGUUACAUGCGGGAGCUGGAGCAGUAUCAGAAGACUGAAGCCUACAAAGUCUUUAGCAGGAAAGCACAGGACAGACAAAAAGGCAAAUCACACAGACAAGAUGGAGCAAGACAGGCAGCUCAUGAUCAUGAGAAAGAAGCAGAUACAAAGGAGAGGUCUGUCUUUGAUAUUCCAAUMUUCACAGAAGAGUUCCUGAAUCAUAGUAAAGCUCGCGAAGCGGAGCUGCGGCAGCUGCGCAAAUCCAACAUGGAGUUUGAGGAGAGGAACGCUGCCCUGCAGAAGCACGUGGAGAGCAUGCGCACGGCCGUGGAGAAACUGGAGGUGGAUGUGAUCCAGGAGCGGAGCCGCAACACCGUGCUGCAGCAGCACCUCGAGACCCUGCGCCAGGCACUCACCAGCAGCUUUGCUGGAGUCCCACUGCCAGGUAGUGGGGAAACCCCCACUAUGGAAACGAUUGAUUCCUACAUGAACAGACUGCACAGUGUUAUCCUGGCCAACCCACAGGAGAACGAGAACCUCAUCGCCACGGUGCGGGAUGUGGUCAACAGGCUGGAGCGUUAGUGAUGGGGUCUCGUGACCCGGGGAAGCUUUACAAUUUUUUUUUGGCCAGUGUGGAAUAAGAAGCCAUGAGGGAAAGAAUGGGGUGGGAGGCAGGCUGGCAGGUUUGUCCUGGGCCCUGCCUGUGUCUUUUUGUCAGGGAGACAAACAGAUCAAUGCAUUAAGAGAUCUUAAGAAGCCACGGACACCACCCAUUGAACAUUUGGAACUGUCCUCUGUGUGAACAUUUAAGAGCAUGCAACUUUUGUGCAAUCUACAUUUUUGUAUGGAUUUUGCUGGGUGUGAGGGUGCCUGCGGUUCUGUGGACUGGCUGGCUGUGGAGAUGAAAUCUCAGCUUGUGAAAUGGAGUCAGCGUAUAUGUUGUAGUAAUAACUUUGAUGUMUUAUAUUGCCUAAUGUCUUCUAGUGUCUUUCAUUUUGUUUUCAUGUUUAUCCUGUGGCUUUAACUUCAUUCGCUUUUGUUUUCUUCUUUUGAUCUUGUUCCCUGAUUCUUGCAGUACUGGAUAGCAGCGCUUGUGUUCUCUGCUCUAACAGGGAGUCUUCCUUGGUGCACUGUCUUGUCCUAUGCCUCCUGCUAUGUUUAUAGGAGCUUUUCUUAAGCAGAAUCCUGGCAUUUUUGUGUUAGCCUGCAAUUCCUACMAUGUGAGUUUGCUCCCUGCUAGAGACUGGCUGUGGUUGGUGCUUUAUGACUUGAUUCUACUAUGAGACAGACUUCCUCUCUCCCCCUCUCUUUAAGCAYCUCUCUUGCACAUAGCAUCAUGCUCUUCUGUGAAGGUCUCCUGGUAUCUCCUGAAAAUGUUUGCUGGUGCAUUUUAUUAUCAUAGAGAUCAGUGGAAAUCCAGAUAGAAGGUGAAAUGUUAGUUCUUCUCAGCAGGGAAAAUGGGGUUCUUUGGUUUAGACUAARCCCACAAAGCUUGCCCUUCCUCUGAUACAUUGUUCAGUCUAAUUUAAUGUUAUUGCCUUGUUUUUGAGAGAAUGAUCUCACGGGGAAAGCAGUUUUCUAUAAAAAGAGAAAUGGGCACGGGGAUGGCAUUAUUUUUUCCUCCUCUGCCCUCCUUAAAUCGCUGUGCUGGGAAGCAAUAUGUCUGGAAGCAGCACAUGUAUUUUUUCAUGAAUUAUUAGAGCAGAGAAGGUUAUUAGCAACUAGGUCCACAUAACAGCCCAGAGAAUUCUGCAUUAUAGCUUGUUUGUGCUCUCACCUUUUGUACAGUUCAAGUACUGCCCACGGAGCCCAUAGCAUUCAGCAUUUUAUGUUCCAGGUGACCCAAAUGGCCUUUCACUUGCAUUGAGUGUGAUCUUGCUGAGCUACACCACACCUCCUGUCAGAGUUGAAGGCACCCACUGUCUGCACUGGCUGAUGCAAAACUUCCACUGCCCUUUAGUUGCUGUCAAAUUGUUGAUUCUGACUUUGGCUCAGCUUGUUGGACCUCUCUGGGCUUUACUGGGGGUGGUUAAAAUGCUCUUGCCUCCCACAMGACAAUCUCUUUGCUCCUGGUUAAGACAUCUUUUAAGAUUUCCUGUUUAUAACUUGGAGGUUGCUUUCGUUACUGGAGUGUGUUGCUGUCAGCAUCACUUAAAUGUAUCUGUGACACAAAUAUUUUGAAGAUUAAAAAGCAGUUUCUUCUUUUCCUGCACUGUACACAUGGACUUCAUGCUGGCCUGGAGCYAUCUCCCAGUCAGCACCUUGUAUGCCAGGUCUCAGCUUACUCCUGGGAUUACURCUGCAGCCAAGUAGCAAGGAUUUCCAUGUAAAUCAAGUCUUCCUUCAGGGAGGAAACUCCUUUCUCUUGUCAUCUGUUUUGCUUUCAAGACUUCACAAAAAGGAACCUCAGUUUGCUGCAUCAACUUCCACUCUCCUUAGCAUGGAUGAGACCAGCUGMUGCUGCCAUGAACUUUUUAGUGGGUUCUGUAAUGUAUGUUGUAAUCCUACAGGCUGGAAAUGUCUCCAGAAGAAGCACCUACACCCUCAUCUCCUGUAUGUGUAUCUUGUUUUUUUUCUGGUGAUGUUUGACUCUCUGUUGAAUUGGCCAAAAUGCACUGCAUAGCCAAAAUUUAUAUACAAAAUCCUGAAUUUCUCUCUGUGGCAUCCUACCUAAUACUUGGAGUUGUAUUCCAAUAAAGACUUCAGAAAUUCCAUAAAACAUAGGAUGCAGUUCCAAGCUGUAUCAUAUCCAAUCCAUCAGUAAGAUYGGGUGGCUGCUGGCUGCCCUGCUUACAGAAAUCUGCUCGUGGAUACUGCUCAUCCAUCUCUGCUGAGAAGCAUGCAAAUGUUGUGGGAUAGGAAAUUUAAGGUGAUAUUAUUAGCUGGGGGCUGACAAAUCUUUUGCUUUUUCCCACAAGGAAGGAGGCGAGAUAGAUGAUCCAUCUUGAAGCAUCUGGGGGAAGACUGAGUUCUUGCUCACUGAUGAUGUGACAGAUGAUGUUUUGUCUCAUUAAGAAGCUUCUUAUUUAUGUUGAUUAACCCUAUAAAAAUGGAUUUUGUCUUUCCAGUGUUUUCAGAGUGUCACUUCAGUUUACAGUUUUCAGUGUUGACUGAUUAAAAAAAAAAUGAAGUGGGUGUCAAGGAGAAGAGCAGAAUAAAAUGCUUUUGUCACUUAAAGAAAUGUUAAGAGAAAUAUAUGAAAGCGGAAUCCAUUUUCUGGAUUAAUGUGUUUGGAAUUGUUUAGAUGCCAAGUUUUCUGUACAAUGUUUUUGUAAUUAAACUUUGGAGCUCCUUUGUUUUUAAGAAGUUGAUGUGCUUGUUUGACACUUGCUUCAUUAAAAUUGUUCMACGUUGAAUCCAUUCUGAUUCAAUUUUAACUGCAUUUUCAUGAAAGAACUAUUACUACAUUGAUCUUUUGUCAGAGAUUUUGGCAACUCCACAUUAACCUUUGGAAGGAAAUAAUGUGCCUCUUCUGCCUCUCCGUCCUGAGUGUCUUCCUCUGAAAAAGCAAAAGGAAUUAGGUUAUUAUAUGUACUGAUGAAAGCUUCAGAGAUCUUUGGUUAUAGCUAAUGGUUGUCAGGGCCCUUCCCCAACUUGACUAACUUGAAA